UCGGACAGCGGCUGGGCAAUUAGAUUUCAUUUUUAAAGUUUAUCUCUUGACCAAAAUGUCAUCCUUGGCUCCUUGCUUUACUGUGGGCUCUAUAGUGCGCUGCAAAACUUGUUUUGGCGAAAACCUUUCGGGAGAGGUGGUGGCCUUUGAUCUGGGCGUGAAAAUGCUGAUGAUGAAGUGUCCAUCGAGCAAAGGCGGUGGCGACGAACAGACCAUCUGCAACCUGACCAUCGUGAACUUAGCCCUGUGCGUGGACAUCGAAAUAGUGAAGGAAAUGCAGCCCUUGGAUGAUGUUCAGCCCCCAGAACCGAUCAACAUCCCUUUGAUCCGAGAACGAUUUCGAUACGCCACCGAACAUCGCACUCUUUCCUGCCGGAGCUAUCACCCGAAUGCUUCGCCCUUCGGUCAAGCUCUGUUCAGGCUGUUGGUCAAGCGUUUCGGCGAUCCCGCGAUCAACUGGCAGAGCCAAGGCGACCAUGUGGCGAUCAAUAUACUGCAUCAGGUGGUCAUCGAGGCGCCGUAUGCUACGGAGAACAUCAGAUACCAGGGGUGGGAUCCCAAACUGGCAAUAUACGUGCAAGGGAUUGUUGAAGACUUUCGCAGUAAACAAAUCUAAAAUGACGCUCGUGCCCAUGGCAACAGUUGUCUAGAUAGCCCCCGGUUCUCUGUACGUUUUGUUUAUCAACAAAACAAUUCAAAAUACACAAUAUAGCCUCGACACCCACACAGAA